CACACCUAUUCCAAAACUGACCACAUAGUUGGAAGUAAAGCACUCCUCAGCAAAUGUAAAAGAACAGAAAUUAUAACAAACUGUCUCUCAGACCACAGUGCAAUCAAACUAGAACUCAGGAUUAAGAAACUCACUCAAGAACCUCGGCGCAGCGAGCGCGGGCGGCCAGCCAGGGCCAGGGGGCGGUGGCGGCCAAGGUCCGACCGGGUGCCAGCUGUUCCCAGCCCCCACCUCGGGCCCGCCGCCGGCGCCGCCAUGGGCAAGAAGCACAAGGCCGAGUGGCGCUCGUCCUACGAGGAUUAUGCCGACAAGCCCCUGGAGAAGCCUCUAAAGCUAGUCCUGAAGGUCGGAGGAAGUGAAGUGACUGAACUCUCAGGAUCCGGCCACGACUUCAGUUACUAUGAUGACAGGUCAGACCAUGAGCGAGAGAGGCACAAAGAAAAGAAAAAGAAGAAGAAGAAGUCCGAGAAGGAGAAGCAUCUGGACGAUGAGGAAAGAAGGAAGCGAAAGGAAGAGAAGAAGCGGAAGCGAGAGAGGGAGCACUGUGACACGGAGGGAGAGGCUGACGACUUUGAUCCUGGGAAGAAGGUGGAGGUGGAGCCGCCCCCAGAUCGGCCAGUCCGAGCGUGCCGGACACAGCCAGCCGAAAAUGAGAGCACACCUAUUCAGCAACUCCUGGAACACUUCCUCCGCCAGCUUCAGAGAAAAGAUCUCCAUGGAUUUUUUGCUUUUCCUGUCACGGAUGCAAUUGCUCCUGGAUAUUCAAUGAUAAUAAAACAUCCCAUGGAUUUUGGCACCAUGAAAGACAAAAUUGUAGCUAAUGAAUACAAGUCAGUUACGGAAUUUAAGGCAGAUUUCAAGCUGAUGUGUGAUAAUGCAAUGACAUACAAUAGGCCAGAUACCGUGUACUACAAGUUGGCGAAGAAGGUCCUUCACGCAGGCUUUAAGAUGAUGAGCAAACAGGCAGCUCUUUUGGGCAAUGAAGAGACAGCUGUUGAGGAACCUGUCCCUGAAGUUGUACCAGUACAAGUAGAAACUGCCAAGAAAUCCAAAAAGCCGAGUAGAGAAGUUAUCAGCUGCAUGUUUGAGCCUGAAGGGAACGCCUGCAGCUUGACGGACAGUACCACAGAGGAGCACGUGCUGGCGCUGGUGGAGCACGCAGCUGAUGAAGCUCGGGACAGGAUCAACCGGUUCCUCCCAGGCGGCAAGAUGGGCUACCUGAAGAGGAACGGGGACGGGAGCCUGCUCUACAGUGUGGUCAACACGGCCGAGCCAGACGCUGAUGAGGAGGAGACCCACCCGGUGGACUUGAGCUCACUCUCCAGUAAGCUACUCCCAGGCUUCACCACGCUGGGCUUCAAAGACGAGAGAAGAAACAAAGUCACCUUUCUCUCCAGUGCCACUACUGCGCUUUCGAUGCAGAAUAAUUCAGUAUUUGGCGACUUGAAGUCGGACGAGAUGGAGCUGCUCUACUCAGCCUACAGAGAUGAGACAGGCAUGCAGUGUGCGCUGAGCCUGCAGGAGUUUGUGAAGGAUGCUGGGAGCUACAGCAAGAAAGUGGUGGACGACCUCCUGGACCAGAUCACAGGCGGAGACCACUCUAGGACGCUCUUCCAGCUGAAGCAGAGAAGAAACGUUCCCAUGAAGCCUCCAGAUGAAGCCAAGGUUGGGGACACCCUAGGAGACAGCAGCAGCUCUGUUCUGGAGUUCAUGUCGAUGAAGUCCUAUCCCGACGUCUCUGUGGAUAUCUCCAUGCUCAGCUCUCUGGGGAAGGUGAAGAAGGAGCUGGACCCUGACGACAGCCAUUUGAACUUGGAUGAGACGACGAAGCUCCUGCAGGACCUGCACGAAGCACAGGCGGAGCGCGGUGGAUCUCGGCCGUCGUCCAACCUCAGCUCCCUGUCCAACGCCUCCGAGAGGGACCAGCACCACCUGGGAAGCCCUUCUCGCCUGAGUGUCGGGGAGCAGCCAGACGUCACCCACGACCCCUAUGAGUUUCUUCAGUCUCCAGAGGCUGCGGCCUCUGCCAAGACCUAACUCUAGACCACCUUCAGCUCUUUUAUUUUUUUAGUUUUAUUUUGCACGUGUAGAGUUUUUGUCAUCAGACAAGGACUUUGAUCCUGUCCCCUUUGGCAUGCGGGAAGCAGCCCUGGGGAGGUAAUGAA